AUGCCUCGUCAAGCGAUUACCGUCUCUCAGAAAGCCUCUCUCCGGGCGUAUCACGAAUCAAACCCUUCCCUCGACCACAAAGCGCUCCGCCAGUGGUUCCAUCAACAAUAUCAGCGAAACAUCUCCCAGUCGAGUGUCUCGGAAAUCCUGUCAGCACGAUAUAAAGGUCUUGACCACCCGAGGGACACGAGGUGCCUCCAUAGCGCAAAAAGACGCCGUGUAGAACGUUGGCCUCUCGUUGAAGCCACCGUACAGGAUUGGCUUGAGGCUGAAAGUGAUCAAACAAUAAUAACCGCUGAAUCGAUACGACAAAAGGCUCAAGAGGUUUUCCUGCAGAUUCCAGAGUACAGAGGGAUGACCGUACCGAAAUUCAGCAACAGUUGGCUUCUGGGAUUCAGAGCUCGAUGUGCUGCACCUCGCGUCGAACACUCCCAGCAUAUAGAAAAUGUGUUAUCUGCGUAUAAGCCUCAAGACCAGUAUCUACUCGUUGAGACGACACUUUUUUGGAAGAUGCUCCCAGAAUCUGCUCUUACCAAAGUGCCCGCCAGCCGACUGGAAGAGUUCCGAACACGAAUUUCGGCUCUUCUCUGUACAAAUAUCGAUGGCUCUCAUCGUCUGGCGCCUUGGUAUAUUGGCAGAAAUCCUAACCCUCAUGCCUUCCGUUCUGCCGAAGGCCAUAUUCAAUCACUUGGCAUGGUUUGGAGACACAAUCCCCCGGCCAAAGUAACAGGAAGCAUCUUCAGAGAGUUCCUGCGUUGGUUUGACAAUAUCCUGGGGGGUAGAAAGAUUGUUCUUCUGCUGAAUGCACCUCCUGUGCAACGAUUUGUGUUUUUCGAUUCUCAACCGCCCGACCUUCGAAGCUUUGGGCUCAAAAACAUCACCAUUAUAUAUCCCUCGCCAUCUUGGAUGGACGCAUAUAAUAAGCUAAGAACAGAAGUAGUGGGGACAUGGAAGACCUUCUAUCGCAUAUACUGGUUACAAUAUGUCUACGACCAGCUCAAUGCUCACAGAAACCCACUCACUACGAUGAAUAUCCUAAAGGCUGUAAGCUGGGCUUGCCGUGCUUGGCACACGGAUAUAGACCGGCAAAGUCUUCAGGAUUGCUCCAGGAGGGUUGGCUGGCCUGGGAUUCCCGCUGGGAAUGAUGCUGAAGGCGAAGAAGAAUAUAAGACGAUGAAGCAGCAUCUACGAGAUAUUCUUGAAAAGCUGGAACAGAUAGGUUUUUUGCGUGAGGCUAUGGAUGUUGACACUCUUAUAAAUCCUCCUUUUGAAUCUUCCGAGGGAGCGUGGAUCGAGGAGACGACGGCAGCCCAAGCCAGCUCGGUCGAAGUUCUAGAGGGAGACUCUGACGAGGAGAUAAUCAACAACUGUAUUGACAACUCCAAUAUACGGAGCUAG